AGUCAAACCAACCCACACACCCAUCGCACCUUGCUCACAACCUCCAACAUCUAGCGCUUUUCUUUUGCUGCUACAAAACAUAUCUACCCCCGUUUCAAAGAAUAAAACGAAACACCCUUCGACCCUUUUUGAGCGACGGAGUUCGAAGGGUAAGGGGGAUAUUUGCAUCUUCGACGAUAUACCGGGCACGGGCGUGAGACGAUUACGAGACGAUUGAAUGGCUGGCGCGCUCCUGCCGCAGCUUGACAUGGGCGGCAUGGAGGAUCACCGCCCCUCGAAGCGUCAGCGGAGAGGCAUCGUCCCUCCACCCCCGGAAUAUGAAGAUGCCACCCCAGUCGUGUCCGAGGAGAUGGCUUCAGACUUAUUGAAUCGGAGCACAGCCAUGAUACUCAAGUCUGUCGGGUAUAACGGUGCGACAGCAGUCGCGCAGGAAAGAUUAAGACAGCUUGCGGAGGAUCGUGUGUCUCCUUCUGCUCUGCCACUACUGCAUUAUUUGCCUAACACUGGAUGUAUAGACUACCUCCGAAUGUUGCACGUGAUAACCCUCCUCGCUACAUCUCAACGCCGCACGAAGCCCACAGUUGUCGACUUUGAAGAUAUGUUGCAGCACAUGGGUAUCACCGUCUCAUCUCUAGAAUCUGAAAUGCUCCGCAUGCCAUCCAAGACACAUGCAUUCGUUCUCCCUCCAAUCACCCCGCCGUCCCCGCCCACACCGGACCUAACCGCCCUGUUAGGACCAGAAUUGGCAGACACAGAACUUCAGAAGCGGAGUGCGUUGGAGGACUUCUUUCCCCCAUUGCCCAGCAAGCAUACAUACAAGGCUACACCGCUAUUCACGGAGCGGCCGACGGAGCCACGUGUUAUAAGGGAGCGCGCAACGGAGGAGGCAAGGCUUGCGGAGAACGCACUCAGGAAAUUGUUGGCCGUUAGUGCUCACGCUAAGAAUAAUGCGCGCAUUAGAGGCGAUGUGGCGGUUAGUACGAAGAGGAGGGAUCGUGAUGAAGCCUGGAGGGAGGCCUUUGAUGAGUCGGGUCAUGAGCAGAGUGGUGGGGGGAGUGCGGGAGCCAAGGUUAACGGGACUGGUGCGAUCAAAAUUAAGACCGAGCCGACUGAUUCCUUUGGGGUAUUUGCUAACGCGGAUGCAUUAGCUGGAGUAUCUGACCACCCGGUCACUGGUGUCGGAGCUGGGUCUGCAGGAGGUGGAGGCGAGGGAGCGGGAGGGGAUAAGGAAGGAGAUGCGGCGUACCUGGAGGUUAUUGUCAAUGCUGAGAGCAGGUACUGGAGGAAAGGUCGAGCAAAUGUUAGGAGGAGACCGGUGGCUGGUGAAGCUACGGCGGCAUAGAUUCCCUCUAUUUCUCUCUAUCAUUACUACUUAUGUUGUAAAAAAACCUGCAUUUCUAUGUAAUAUGGUCAUGAAAUGGGAUAUAACGGUUUUUAUUCUUA